AUGGUCGGAAUCGAAAUUGUCGAGCCGGCAGAUAUUCCUGUGAUCGACUUCCAAACUCUUUCAACUGGCACUCCACAAAAACGCAAGACUGCUUUGAAACAACUAGAUGAUGCCUUCCAAUCGGUUGGACUUAUACAUCUUUCCAACCAUAGCAUCGGUCAGGAUCUCGUAGACGAGGCCUUCGCAUGGUCUAAACGCUUCUUUGAUUUACCGGAUGCCGUGAAGGAACUAGUUCGUCACCCUCACGACGCCCAAGACCACCGUGGCUGGACAGCUGCUGGUACUACCGUCUCAAGUCAAGGGGAGAUCCCUACCCGAGUAAGAUUUCCAAUCCUCACUUCAUCCGGAAUCGAAUCCUGCCAGAAGAAAUAUUUCCCGGCUUUGAAGGCUUUCACGAAGAGGUGGUGGGAUGCAUGUGUGGAGCAAGAGCUUCAACUCCUCCAGUACCUCUGUGAAAUCCUUGAGAUUCCGGACAAAGAUCUUCUUGGGAAACAGCAGAAUCCGCACUUCAAUCGCAGUGCAACCGGUUGGAAUCAUUAUCUGUCUGUACCCGCUCAAUACCUGACGAGUGGACAGUCCACUCGUCUCAAUGCGCAUACAGACUAUGGGCAGUUGACUUUACUGUUCCAGGAUACAACGGGUGGACUUGAGGUUAAGGAUGACGAGGCCGGCGUUUUUAGGCCUGUGCUCCCUAGACCCGGUAUGGCCAUCGUUCAGGUUGCCGAUAUGUUGGAGAGACAGUCCAAUGGGAGAUGGAAAAGCGCCUUGCAUCGGGUUACGAUCCCUCAUCACCUGAAGCAUAGUGAUCCGGGCGAUGGUACGUUGAUUGAGCGAUAUUCGAUUGGUUUCUUUAUUCAGCCUGACUUCGAUCUGGUUAUAAAACCUCUUCCGGGUUGUGAAGCUAAAGGAAGAUGGUCAUCACUCGAGUGGGAGGAUGAAAUUACUGCCGGUGAGUGGCUGACUAGGAGAGUUGCCCUGGAAUACCAACAAAAGGGCUCAUCCAAGUCCGCAGCAUAG